AAGAUGAGCGACUCUGAUCACUUACGUGCUAUAUGUUUGUUCAAGGAUUUGACUGACAUCUUCUAAUAUACUAGAAACGUUUAAUGAUUACAUGAACGCAUAGUUCUAGAUCGAAAGAGAUUAUUUACUGGAUAUGUAAUGCUGACAGAAAUUGAUUUCGUUUGAAAAUUAAGACUUUUGUAAACUAUUUUGUAAUUUUUGACAGUUGAUAUUAUAUCACUGACAAGUCAGUCAAGUUACAGAUCACGAAUUCCGAUUCGAAAACGUAUAGUCAACCUGAUUUUCUUCUGGAUGUACAAUUCGUUAAUCUAUAGGGAUUUCUGUCUUAAAUGUAAUAUGAUAUUGUCUUUGCAACAUAUGCUUUACUUAGCUAUAGGAACACUAAAUAUCUAAAUACAUUAUUAUCAUUUUCGGUAAGUACACAUGAACUUGAGCCACCAAGAAUUGAGCUUUAGCGAUCUUUUCGCAGUCCUUUCGUCAUAUCGAAGAAAUUGCAAAACCGCCCUGUUCCAUCUUUGCUAUUAGUGUAUGUGUAUUUUUAUGGCGAUUACAUGCAGGAUAUAUUUCGCAAAUACCGGCGGAGGUUUUGUUUUAGUUUUGGCUUUUUCUUUUACGGUUGCAACAGCGCGUUUUUUAAAAGAUCCGCCAUAAAUGUUUUCCUCCAUUAUGCAGCAGAGGCAUUUUUAUUUUAAAAUAAUAUGUUUUCAUUUAUAGAGAUUAUCUGUAUAGGUAUAAAAAGAAAACGACCUGACAAUACUUUGUUGAUUUCACUUAACAGAUAUUUCACGCCGAAAGAAUUUAUUGACUUUUGAUUAAAUAUUGAAACACAGUUAUCAAUAUUUGUGAAAACUGAGAGAUUUCUAUUCCCAUAAUUUACAAUUUACAAAAUCGCUGUGUUUCUCACUUCAUGGAGUGCCCCCGUAUCUUUGACGAUAAUUUACAAUUUAUGAUCUGCAAACAUAUAAACUAGCUAUCAUAUCGCGAAAACAAACAAUAAAUGACUUUUAACAGUUUUGGAACUUGAACAAUUCAAAACUGUUUGAACCGUAUCUGAGUGGCAUAGCGCAUCUGUCAAAAAGAAAGAUCAGCGGGCAAAGGGAAAUAACUGAUUGCACUUAUUACGGAGAUAGUGUUUGGGAUUAACACUCAGUUUAUCCGCUUUAAUUUAAGCCGAUCACAUCGAUCACCGGAUCAUUUUUAAACAGUCUAUCUUUUAAUCUUUUCAACAUUUGAAUAUGUUUGUAAGAGAUACUUAAAAGUGAUGUCUAAAUGAACAGAAACAAUUUGUAAGUGGUAAAAAAAUGGCGGACUACAUGAUGGAGAUUGAGAUAAGUAAAGCUGGCAGCAACAAAGACAGACAGAGCGGGAAUACUUUACGAACAAGUAGUUUCCAAGAGCGCAUCGAUCAAAAUGGUUCCUCCACCCCCGCAGAAAGAGAAAUUGAAAACAUUCUUCGUACGCAUACAAGGGGUAGCCCUAGACGAAGGCGCAAUUAUUCGCCAGUGAAAUCUUAUUCGCCGACACGUGAGCGAUCAACGUCACAGUCUCCACGACGUGAACGUUCUUUUCUCCGUUCGACGUCACCGGACAAACUACCUUUUCGGAAACCAACGAUAUGGUCGCAAUGGGAACAGUCGAAAAAUGAUGGACAAGACUACCUUCAGGAAUAUAAUGUGAAACAAAUGACUAGUUUAUACGGGAAAGACUUACGUGGAAAGGUUGACGCCGCGUCUGAUUGGUACAGAGUGAACGGCCUUGACCGUAGUAAAACUCAGACAGAAGCGUUAAACUGGCUGUCACAGGAAAUGAAGACAAGAGAGAUGUUGAAGGAAGAGAAAAAUAUAAACAAAUUAUCACACCGACACAGGAUUCAGCGAACUCCUAGUCUACAGGACAUCAGAUCCAGAGAGAGUAAAUUCACAAACGACGCAAUUGUUACCGAAAGAAGACGUACGAGGUUCAAGGAUAUCAUCCCACAGUACGACGCCUCCUCAGAUCGCCAUUGUAAAGCCUACUUCAAGAGAAAAGAUGUUCAACAAUUACUUAAUGUAACACGUUCCAGAGAAGAAAAUAAAAUGGAAAACUAUUGGAAUAGAAAAAUGACAAUAGCCAAACGCUACAGCCUUUUUGGCUGGAAAGAAAAUGAACUACCCCGGCCGGAAGUGUGACCCCAGGAGUGACCCCAUCUAUAAGAACACCGAGACAGACACCAGGAGCAACCCCAUUUUGAAGAAGAUGACAGACGACAGAUCAAAAUCCGCUAAACGUCACAAUAAACUAUA